AUGCCGUCGACAACACUGUUCUUUACUGUUGUUCUAGCACUGUUUCAAACUUCUUUUGGUAGACCACAACUGGUCGAUAUUGUUCAAACUGCUAUCAAUGAUGGACGCUUCAAUAUAUUGGUGACGGCACUUAAAGCGGGUGAUCUUGUUGCACCACUGGAAGGACCCGGGCCAUUUACAGUAUUUGCACCAACCGAUGCUGCCUUUGCCAAAUUACCACCAGGCACCGUCACCGACUUGCUCAAGCCCGAGAAUAAACCUAAGUUGAUCAAAAUUCUUACCUAUCAUGUUUUUGUCGGAAAAGCUCUCACAGCAGCAGACAUCAUUGCCAUGAAGCCACCUUUUCAAUUGGAAAUGAUGAACAAUAUCUCCACAAGAAUAACAUUAGAUGCUGGUAAGGUCAAGGUGAAUAGUGCCACCGUUAUCGUGGCCAAUGUCAUGGCUAGCAAUGGUAUCAUUCACGCGUUGGACACGGUUCUUCUACCUCCAGAUAUUGUCCAGACUGCAAUCGACGAUGGCCGCUUCAAAACAUUAGUGACAGCACUUACAGCAGCGGAUCUUGUUUCACUACUCAAAACACCUGGCCCAUUCACAGUGUUUGCACCUACGGAUGACGCAUUCGCUAAAUUACCACCGGGCACCGUCACUGAUUUGCUCAAACCUGAAAAUAAACCAAAAUUAAUCAAAAUCCUAUCCUACCAUGUUGUGGGUAAAAGAGCACUUUCGGCUGCUGAUAUCAUUGCUAUGAAUCCACCAUUCAAACUGGAAAUGCUCAAUGGAAUACCGACAACGAUAACACUGAAUGGAGACAAGAUCAAAGUCAAUGAUGCUACUGUUAUCGUCGCCGAUGUUUUCACCAGCAAUGGUAUCAUUCACGCGAUCGACACAGUUCUUUUGCCAUAA